UUUUAUCUCAUUAGUAACUCACUCAGCCCAAAGCACAGGGGCGGAGUUGUCUCAGAGAUUACUGAGAAAGAAAGCGAUAGAAGAAAUUGAUAAGGAAAAUAAAUAAAUAAACAGAAAGUAAAGAGAAAAUAUAGAGAGAGAGAGAGAAAAAGGAGAGGAGCUCUUCUUUGAGGUUGCAAAGUCAAAGCUACUUAAGGAAGUUUAGAAGAAAAGUAGAGCAAUCUAAAUCAUAUAUUAGUUGUUUUUUAUUUUGGUCGGAGAGAAUCUCGGAUGAUAUUUCCGAUCGUGAGUGAUCGGAGAUGGUUGUCUCUGUCGCCGGUGGAGGUGGUGGAGGUGGAAGACGGAGGUGGUGGUGGUGAGAAGAGGAAAAGAUUGUUGUUAGGUGGAGGAUGAGGAAAGGAAAGGGAAGGAACAAUGGCUUGUUGCCAAAUUCGUUAAAGAUAAUAUCAUCUUGUUUAAAGACAGUAUCUACGAAUGCUAGCACUGUUGCUUCUACUGUACGCUCAGCUGGUGCCUCAGUUGCUGCUUCCAUUUCUACUUAUUCUGAAGAUCACAAAGAUCAGGUGUCCUGGGCUGGCUUUGAUCGCCUAGAGCUUUGUCCAUCUGUGUGCAAACAAGUUCUCCUGCUUGGUUAUCAGAAUGGUUUUCAAGUCCUUGAUGUGGAAGAUGCCUCCAACUUCAGUGAACUCAUUUCGAGGCGCGAUGGUCCUGUUUCAUUCUUACAGAUGCAACCUUUGCCUGCAAAGUCCAAUGGGCAAGAAGGAUUCAGAAAGUUACAUCCUUUCCUGCUGGUUGUUGCAGGGGAAGACAAUAAUGGUUUAAGCUUGGGUCAAAAUCGUAGUCAUUGUGGUGGUGCCCAAGAUGGUAAUGUGGAGCGUCAGUUGGGAAACUGUAUCAACGCUCCUACAGCUGUUAGGUUUUAUUCCUUUCAGUCUCAUUGUUACGAGCAUGUCCUGAGAUUCCGGUCAUCUGUGUGCAUGGUUAGAUGCAGUCCUCGGAUAGUGGCUGUUGGUCUUGCGAAGCAGAUAUACUGUUUUGAUGCACUCACUCUUGAGAAUAAGUUCAGUGUUCUAACCUACCCUGUUCCCCAGCUAUCUGGGCAGGGAGCAAUUGGGGUUAAUGUGGGUUAUGGUCCAUUGGCUGUUGGUCCAAGGUGGUUAGCCUAUGCAUCCAACAACCCAUUGUUGUCAAACUCCGGACGCUUAAGCCCACAAAACCUUACACCUCCUGUUGUCAGUCCAUCAACCUCACCUGGUGGCAGUAGUUUGAUGGCUCGGUAUGCAAUGGAGUCCGGUAUACAGUUUGCUGCUGGCCUAAUCAACCUGGGUGACAUGGGAUACAAAACUUUGUCAAAGUACUGUCAAGAGCUGCUUCCCGAUGGAUCCAAUUCUCCAGUAUCACCAAAUUCAGUCUGGAAAGUUGGUAGACACACUGGAGCAGAUGUGGACAAUGCAGGAAUGGUUGUUGUCAAAGAUUUUGUUUCCCGAGCAGUCAUAUCGCAAUUUAAAGCACAUACCAGUGCGAUAUCUGCUUUAUGUUUUGACCCUAGUGGGACGCUUCUGGUAACGGCCUCGGUAUAUGGGAAUAACAUUAACAUAUUCCGGAUAAUGCCAUCUUGCACACGAAGUGGAUCAGGCACUCGAAGCUAUGACUGGAGUUCUUCUCAUGUUCAUCUUUACAAGCUACAUCGUGGCAUAACAUCAGCUAUGAUCCAAGACAUUUGCUUUAGCCAUUAUAGUCAGUGGGUUGCAAUUGUUUCAUCAAAGGGAACUUGCCAUGUUUUUGUUUUAUCACCUUUUGGUGGUGAUUCUGGAUUUCAAACUCUUAAUUCUGAGGGUGGAAAGCCAUCCUUGUUUCCUACUUUAUCUCUACCUUGGUGGUCUAGCUCAUCAUGCAUCACUGAUCAGCAAUGUUUGCCACCGCCACCACCUGUUUCCCUCUCUGUUGUAAGCAGGAUAAAAUAUAGUAGUUUUGGAUGGCUUAAUACAGUAAGCAAUGCUGCUGCAUCCUCAGCAGGGAAAGUUUUUGUGCCAUCUGGUGCUGUUGCCGCUGUUUUUCAUAAUUCUAUAUCUUACAGUCUGCAGCAUGUUAACUCGAGAGCCAAUUCCUUGGAGCAUCUGUUGGUUUUUACCCCAUCAGGUCACGUUGUGCAGCAUGAGCUUCUGCCAGCAAUUGAUAUGGAACCAAGUGAGAGUGAUUUAAGAACCAGGACAGCUUCGUCAUUGCAUGUACAAGAAGAUGAUUUACGGGUGAGAGUUGAACCUGUACAAUGGUGGGAUGUGUGUAGGCGAUCAGAUUGGCUAGAAAGAGGGGAAUCUAUUUCUGAGGCUUCUUGUGAUAGACAAGAUUUUGCUGAAAUAGUUCAAAGCAAAUCUAAUUGUGACGGUAAUCAUGGAAUGGAACUUCUGGAUAUUAAUCAUUCUGUUGGUGGAAAAAGCACUGAAAAAUCCUAUUCUGUAAAGUCCAAUGAGAGAUCCCACUGGUAUUUAUCUAAUGCAGAGGUGCAGAUUAGCUCUUUGAGGCCACCAAUAUGGCAAAAUUCUAAGAUUUUUUUCUCUAUGAUGGAUUCCCCAAGAGUUAAUCCUGCUAGUGGGGAGUUUGAAAUUGAAAAAGCCCUUGUCCAUGAGGUUGAAAUCAAACGGAAGGAGUUGUUGCCAGUUUUUGAACAUUUUCAUAGCAUCAAGUCAAGCUGGGAUGGAAGGAUUCUUGCUGGGGAAAAGUGUCCUCAUUCGUUGUCUCUAGAGCCCCAGCAAUCUGUGGAAAAGAUCCCACAAGAGACUGUCAUUUGUCACUCAAAGCCAGCAUCACUUAGCUCUACCGAAAGUUCUGAAGGAAGUUCUUCAAGAAGAAUUGAGCAUUUGCUUGAUUUGGAUCAAGUGAAUCAUGAGAAGUCUUAUAUGCCCUCAGGCCAGGUGAUGUACCAGGGAAGACAAGGGAGUACCCUGGUUGAACCAUCCUCUCUGAAUAAAAAAUCCUUAGACAUCAUAUCUUCACCAUCUGACUAUUCAAAAAAAGCUAAUUCUUAUGGUAAUAAUCACAUUCCAAAUGGUCCGCCCUUGUUAGCGAGUAACUUGCCGCUUCCUGGAAGGAAUCCUGGUGGACUUGGUGAUACUUCAAUGUUGACUGCUGAUUAUUUUGAUUCACAUAUGAAAAUUGUGGAGGGACCGGCACGCCCUUCAAUACAAGCUCCAGUAAAUUUUGGGCUGUCUUUGCAAGAGGGGCAUUGUGAAGCAUUGAAGCGUGAUGAAUGCUACAAAUCAACUGAAGUUGUAAACGAUGAUGUUGAUAGCAGCAGCUGCCACUGUGAGAGGGAAAAACUUGAAGAGGACAGGGAAAAUGAUGAAAUGUUUGGUGGCAUGUUUGCCUUCUCAGAAGAAGGUAAUAAACCUGAAGCUAUAGCUGCUGUGGUUCGUAACCAUUAACCAUGAUGCACCUUAUUAAAUGAUGUUGAGGCUUCUGUUGUUAGUUAAAUUCUGUUGUUCACUUUGGUAUGUGACAGGUUGAUCCAAUGAAACUGCAAGCUUGGUCUUCAAAAAACAAUCUCGACCCAAAAUUAUUGUAGAAAACUUGGUUGCAGUUGUUGAGAUGAUGAAACCGAUUCACAGUGUGAAUAAGACAGAGUAUGUUGUCUUCGUAACGUUCUCUCUCUUUUCUCUGUUUGAGUUGUACAUUUUGUAAAUGGAAAUUCAUAAAAUUCAUGGAUGGUGCUAGGUUUGGGGCAAGGUUGAAAUCUAAUACUCUUGGUAGAACUUGAUUUGGGUUUGCAUUACCUUUUCAUGAACCUUCUAUCAAGCUUCCUAUGUAUAGAUAAAUUCUGUGUGAACAAUUUCUUUGCAAAUUGUAUAACAUAUUUGUUUCUCGAAAAUAACAAGGGACCGAGGGUAGUUUGUUUGUCAAGAAAUGAAAGAAAAGGAAUCGAUGAAUUGACAUUU